AUGAGCCGGUCAAUGGAAGACCUGCGGUUGACAAAGAAGGAACUCGAGCUGUCGAAGGAGAGCCGCGACGCCCUGCCCCAGACGAAGCGCGCCGCGCUGCCGCGUAACAUCCGCAGCGUCGCGGAUGUGCCCGACCCGUCGGGGCAUGCGCCGAAGCGCGUCGACCCGCCCCCGCUGAAGCACAGGAUGAGCACGACGGACGCCGAGGUCGCGUACGCUGGUGUCGCCAAGGUCGAGGGCGUCACCAAGUACGAGGAGCACCAGCCAAGUCACAAGAAGCACAUCCUCCCACUGCACCGGCAUCACAGGGCGGACCCGGAGAAGCCUGACCCCCGCCCAACGAAUCGCCCGCCCUCGCAGCGUCCGCCCUCACCGCCGCAUGUCAAUCCGAACGUGGACACGAGUGCGCACGCCGGCGGUGGUGGAGGUGGAGGAGGCGUGAACGGAUCUUCGACCUCGAUCGCAACGGGGGGAGCGGGGAGUGCCGACGGGCUCCGCAACAGGUUGUUCAACGUGCGCUCCGACCCCAGUCUCGCAGACGUCCCCUUUGAUAUCUGGGACGAUCCCUCGGCAUCGGCUCCCUUCGCCGGCCGUAUCGGAGGCAACCUCGCAUUCACGAGUAGCAAGUUCCGUCACCCCGACUCGCACAAGAUCCGCGACCUGAAGGAACUCCUCGACUUUCCCGGUUUCAGAGACCCGCUGUACCUUCGCGCCGCGUGCAUCGAGGGCAUUGCCAAGUUCACAGGUUCGUCGGUUCUGGCGCAGACUACGGUCGAGGCCGUCUUCACAGGCACGCAGACGGCGAUGAUGAUCUACGCCACGGCCGCGCCGACGGGAGGACACCUGAAUCCGUUUGUGACCAUGGCCACCGUGUGCGCAGGGCUCUGCACGGUCCCGCGCGGGCUGUACUACCUCAUUGCGCAGACCGUUGGCGCGAUCUUUGGCAACUACGCCCUCAAGCUCGGUGUCGGGACUGAGAACUUCUUCGCGAACGGCGAGAUCGGCGGCUGCACCGUCGACUUCAGCAAGAGCUCCAUGGGCCAGACAUACGUCAUGGAGACGAUGCUGUACGCCACGAUCGCCUUCAUGUCCUUCGGCGUCGGUCUCGAUCCCCGGCAGACGCCCAUUUUCGGACCUGCGUACUCGCAGUUGCUCGUCGGUCUCACGCUCACACUGACCGUGUGGGGCUCGCCGUGGGUCCACGCCGGUUACGGCGGUAUCUCGAUCAACCCUGCCCGGUGCCUCGGUGCGCAGAUUGCGCGGUACAAUGUGUCAUCGUCGUGGAUCCAUUGGGUCGCGGCCCUUUCUGCGGGCAUCAUCAACGGAUUCGUCUACCACAUCAUGCCGCCCGCGACGCCGUCACUCGUCAAGAAACACAGGAAAGAUCCCAAGGACCGGAACGCUUAG